CAGGAGAGAUUCUUAUAGGUGCAAAACAAAACAGGCUGUCAGUCUAAGCUCAGAGGCAACUGCAGUCAUAUCAUUGCGUGGAGGGAAAAGGAAAGGGUCAGGGACUAUUUGCUACUAAAGAGUCAUAAAAUGUUGUAAGAACUUAUUAAUAUUCCUGGAGUCCAUCACAGCUGGGUCACAACAUGGAGCCUAUAGAAGAAACUGUGAGGCACAGAAAGAAAAAGCAAUUACAGAACCAAACCUGCAAAGUGGAAAAUGGAACUACCUGUGAUGGCAUUAACAAUGUUAUUGAGACUCACAUGGAGGAAAUCAAAAGGGAACUUGUUGAAAAUCUGAGCUGCAACUUAAAAGAAAUCCUUGAUAACGUUGUGGCAGAAACUAUAAAGUCAUAUAGACUUAGAGAUGACACCGGCCAACUGUUGGAUAAGAAAAAACAAAUACACCACCGCCCAGUAAUUGAAAAACAAAAGGUAUUUCUGCAACGUGCCUCUCUUCUUGAUGAACUGAUGGAAGUGGAACAUUUUCGAACAAUUUAUCACAUGUUUGUGGCAGCAUUGUGCAUUUUUAUGAUCAGCACUGUAGCAGUGAACAUCAUAGACCAGGGCAGGAUAGUUUUGGAAUUUGACAUGCUUUUUUAUGCAUUUGGACAGUUUGGUACUGUGGUGUCUACAUGGAUUGUUCUAUUUGCAUAUACCCUCCUGGUGCCCUACAAAACCUUACACUCCUUUGGAUCUCUGUACCCAAAAUCCAAGCAUCCUUUCUUGUUGUCUGCAUCACUAGGCAGCAUCCUUCUUAUAGGUCAGAUAUGUGUACUUGGAGCAUUCCCCAUCUUUGUACUAAAGCACUACCGUCUGCCACCAGCUUCCAGCUUCAUUGUCACCUUGGAGCAGGUUCGUUUCAUCAUGAAAAGUUACUCGUUCCUGCGUGAGAAUAUCCCACGUGUCUUAUUGAAACAGACGCAAGAGGUCCAGCUGCCAAAGUUCUCUAAUUAUCUUUACUUCCUCUUCUGCCCAACUCUGAUUUAUAGAGACAGUUAUCCCAGAACACCUUAUAUCAGAUGGAAAUAUGUUGCUAAGAAUUUUGCUCAGUUCAUAGGAUGCGUCUUUUUUAUUUACUUUAUCUUGGUCACACUGUGUAUUCCAGUCUUCACGAAUAUGAGCAAGCAGCCCUUCAACAUGAAGACACUGGUGCUCUCCAUCUUUCAUGCUAUUCUACCUGGUAGCUUUGUGUUUCUGAUCUCCUUCUUUGGCUUCCUACAUUGCUGGCUAAAUGCUUUUGCAGAGAUGCUUCAAUUUGCAGACCGCAUGUUUUACAAGGAUUGGUGGAAUUCAAAAUCCUUUUCAAACUACUAUCGCACAUGGAAUGUCGUUGUUCAUGACUGGUUGUAUCAUUAUGUGUACCAGGAUCUGCUCUGGCUGUGUAAGGAGCGCUUCCGUGUUGGGAUCAUGCUCGCUGUGUUUCUCACUUCUGCGUCUGUACAUGAAUACGCCAUCACUUUGUCUCUGGGCUUUUUCUACCCAGUUAUGUUCUGUCUCUUUGCAAUUUUUGGAGUUGUCUUUAACUUUAUGAUGAAUGAUAAACGCACCAGCCCAGUGUAUAAUGUGAUGGUCUGGACCUUCCUUUUCAUCGGUCAGGGUAUACAGGUUUGUCUGUAUUGCCAAGAGUGGUAUGCUCAGAUACACUGUCCACUUACAGAGAAAACCUUCUGGGGUAUGGUGACUCCUCGUUCAUGGUCAUGCAAUUUGUAACGGCUAAUCAACUGAACUAAACUGUACUUCUAUCAAUUCAAUCUAUCAAUAGAUGUGGUACAUUAUGUUGCCAAUAUGGAUUUGUCAUGAGCUGACGGAGUUUGUUCUUUUUUUAUUUUGAUGUAUAAUGUAUUCUAAAAGCAAAAAGAAUUUACUUUAUUAUGUAAAGACCAGUAUAUUAGGGUGCCACAGUCUUUGACCACUAUGCUUCCUAAUCAACAUUUCUGGGGAAUAUGCACUGAAGUAGACACUAAACAAAUUUGUUUACUGCUUGAUUAAGAAUUAAUAACCCAUGUUGCUGUCUCCCAGUGAGGACCUGUUAGAUCAGGGAUGUUGUAGGUCAUUUAUGAGCAAGUAGGACUUGAAAAGCAGACCAAAAGAACAUUAUGACCUUAGUAAAUGAGCAGUCACAAGAAAAGAAAAAAUAAACACAAUUUCACUGCAUCUGUGGUCCAAGUGAGGUAUCAUAGUAAUUGUUCUUGUUUUUAUUGAAACACUGUAAGCUUCAUUAGAUUGAUGUAUACAUAGAAGUCAGAAUAUGAUCUCAGAAAAUAAUGUUUUGGAGAUGAAUAUGAUUGAAACCACCAAGUAAUACUGCAUAACAACAAAUAGAUAAUAUAUAAUAAAAUUGACUCCACUCCAUAAUCUCUUAGGUUAUAAGGAACAUUCAGAAUACUAUACCCAAGAAAGAUUACUUUAUAUACUUUACAACUGCCACAUAACAGUCCGUGGGUGUGGUUUUUGUGUUGGCCACUGCUCUAUCCAUAAGAAACAGUUAAAAUAUGAUGGAAUGAUAUAGGAUUAUCUCUCUCAAAUUAUGUCAUUUGAAGAGUCCCUACAAUAUUCAAUACACUUGUCUGCAGCCACUAUUCCUUGAAAUAAGGCCAAGCACAAUAAUGUCUAGUGAUUUUAAUCCACUGCUUCAACUGAUGGAGUUAUGUAAAAGGCUAAACAUGAAAAACUAUUAGGUUUGAGAAAUCUAAUAUUUAAAGGUUAGGGGUCACUUCCUUUUUCCUUGCAUGUGUAAUAGGUAGAAGAGAAAAAUUAAAGGGACAGUGAAGUCCAAACAAAACUUUCAUUUUUCAAAUAGGGCAUGUAAUUUUAAACAACUUUUCAAUGUACUUGUAUCAACAAUUUUGCUUUGUUCUCUUGGUAUUCUAGUUGAAAGGAAACCUAGGAAGGCACAUAUGAUAAUUUCUAAGCCCUUGAAGGCCGCCUCUAUUUUAUUUACUUUUCACAGCAGGGGAGAGCAAGCUCAUGUAGGCCAUAUAGAUAGCAUUGUGAUCACGCCCGUGGCUAGUGGCAGACACUGCACUAAUUGGCUAAAAUGCAACUAUAUGCAAAAUAACUAAAAGUCAUGUGAUUAGGGGCGGUCAGAAGAUGCUUAGAUACAAGUUAGUCACGGAAGUAAAAAGUGUAUUAAUAUAACAGUGUUAGUUUUGCAAAACUGGGGAAUGGGUAAUAAAGGGAUUAUCUAUCUUUUUAAACAACAAAAAUUCUGGUGUUGACUGUCCCUUUAAGUAUCUUAAAAAAAACAAAAAACUUUGUUUAAAUCCACAAAUUGCUCACAAGUCAAUACAUCUCAACAGCUUUUUGAAGUAAAUUUAACGAGACUAAUAGAAAGUAUUCAAAUCUGUGAAUCACUUUUCAUUUAGAAUACUUUAUUUGUAAAAUAAAUAGCCUGAUUCCAGCAGCUAUAGAAAUUUUAAUAAAAUUAUAACAAGGAAUAAUAUGUCCUGCAUCUCAUUUGUCAGCUAGCCAGGUACAUUCCAUUUUUACUGGCAGAAAAUGUGUUCCUUGUUUGUAAUGGUAAAAGUUCAAUAUAAUAUAAAUAAAUCCUUUUUUUUUUCUAUGAACUGUUGACAAUUUCUUAAUACAGAGAUCAAAUGCUGAAUUUUUGCCAAUGCAUUAAUUGAGAGGGAAAAUAGAUAAUUAUAUUUACUAAAGGCAGCAUAUUCUCUCUUUUGUUAUUAUGCCAAAUUCUUGUUUGGUUAAAGAGUCAUUGUACUUAAACAAUUUUCUAUUUUACUGAGGGCAUUUCAAAAUAUGCUGAUUAAAACAUAUUUUUUCAACCUUG